AUGACGCAAACAUUCUCGAUUGCUACGCUGCCAGGUGAUGGCAUCGGGCCCGAAGUAGUCGACCAAGCUGUGCGAGUUUUGGAGCUUGUGUCCGAAAAGUCGACCAACUUCAAGCUGCAGAUUCGACCGCAUGAUUUCGGUGGUGCGGCUAUUGAUGCCACAGGUGAGCCGCUGCCAGCAGCUACGCUACAGGCAUGCAAAGAGGCUGACGCCAUCCUGCUUGGUGCCGUCGGUGGCCCGAAAUGGGGCGUCGGCAAGGUCCGACCAGAGCAGGGCCUUCUUGCUAUCCGCAAAGAGCUCGACUUGUACGCUAACAUUCGUCCUGCUCGCUUCCCGUCCGACUCACUCUUGGAACAUUCACCGUUGCGUCCCGAGGUAGCCAAGGGUACAGAUAUUGUUGUAAUUCGAGAGCUUGUCAAGGGCUUGUACUACGGCGACCGCAAGGAAGCCGACUUGGACGCUCCUGACUCGAAGGGCGAGGCAUACGAUAUGAUGGUGUACGACAAGUCAGAUGUCCAGCGGAUUACGCGUCUAGCUGCAUACCUGGCUAUGCGCUCAUCACCACCAGCAAAGAUCCAUUCGAUCGACAAAGCCAAUGUGCUUGCGACAAGCCGUCUGUGGCGACGUGUUGUGAAUGAGACGAUAGAAAGCGAGUUCCGCGAGAAAGGCGUGGAGGUAGACCAUCACCUCGUCGAUUCGGCUGCCAUGGUCAUGGUGUCGAACCCGCGCAAACUGAAUGGCAUUUUGCUGACAGAGAACAUGUUCGGUGAUAUCCUUUCUGACGAGUCGUCCGUGAUCCCAGGCUCGCUCGGCCUGCUACCAAGUGCCUCUCUCUCAGAGCUUCCGACUGGUGAGUCGCCAUGCAAGGGUUUGUAUGAACCGAUUCAUGGCUCAGCACCUGACAUCGCUGGACAAGGCAUCGCGAACCCAGUCGGCACGAUCCUUUCUGGUGCCCUGCUUCUUCGCUGGUCACUCGGCCUUGAAAAAGAGGCCGCUGCCAUUGAGCAAGCUGUGCGCAAGGUGCUUGAUACGACGGACAUGGGUGGUUUCGGUGUGCGUACGCGUGACUUGGGUGGCCCGGCGACAACGAAGGAAGUGGGCGACAAGGUCUUGCAGGUGCUUAAUGACUUGCUAUAA